AAGCUCCCGAAGCCCCGGUGGCUCAAGGCCCAGCCCGCCGAGGGCGAGAACUACGAGCGGCUCCGGGGCACGGUCCGAUCGCUCGGUCUGGCGACGGUCUGCGAGGAGGCGCGGUGCCCGAACAUCGGCGAGUGCUGGGGCGGCAAGUCGGCGCGCAAGGACGACGGCUCGAAGCCCGACGAGGACGACCACACGGCGACGGCGACGAUCAUGAUCAUGGGCGACACGUGCACGCGGGGCUGCCGCUUCUGCUCCGUGAAGACGAGCCGGACGCCCCGGGCCCUCAACCCCGAGGAACCGAAGAACACGGGCCGGGCCGUCGCCGAGUGGGGUUUGGACUACGUCGUCAUCACGUCCGUGGACCGCGACGACGUCCACGACCACGGCUCGGGCCACAUCGCGGAAACGGUCAAGGAGCUGAAACUGGCCAACGAGAAUUUACUCGUGGAGGUGCUGAGCCCGGACUUUGGGGGCGACCUGGCCCGCGUCGAGACCGUGGCCCACAGCGGCCUCAACGUCUUCGCGCACAACAUCGAGACCGUCGAGCGGCUCACGCCCUUGGUGCGGGACCGCCGCGCGGGCUACCGGCAGACGCUGGACGUGCUGCGCCACGCCAAGGCGUCCGCCGGCGUCCUCACGAAGACGUCGAUCAUGCUCGGCUUCGGCGAGGCCGACGACGAGAUCCGCGCGACGCUCGCGGACCUCCGGGACGCGGGCGUCGACGUCGUCACGUUCGGCCAGUACCUCCAGCCGACGAAGCGCCACCUCAAGGUCAAGGAGUACGUGACGCCGGAGAAGUUCGACGCCUGGAAGGACGAGGCCGACGCCAUGGGCUUCCUCUACGUCGCGUCGGGGCCCCUCGUGCGCUCGUCGUACCGCGCGGGCGAGCUCUACGUGAAGAACCUCCUGCAGGGCCGCAAG